AUGGUGGUGGUGUUGUUUUGUAUAAUUUUUCAAAGCUAUUUCUCAAAAGCCUUGGGUGCUUCCUCUGUUGUUUUUCCUGUAAACAAGAAUGAUCAUACUGGAAGGGCCUAUUUCACAAACAUUAAUAUAGGCAGCCUAGAUAAGUCUUUCGAACUUCACAUCGAUAGUGGUAGCGACAUCACUUGGGUCGAAUGUGAUGAAAAUAACAUGCCUGGAGGAAAUUUGUACAAGCCACCAGCAGAUAGCAUGGUGAAAUGUGACGAUCCCUUAUGCGUUGCUCUCCAUGGAAAUGACCAUGAGUGUCUAGAUCCAUCUGAUCGAUGUCACUAUGAAUUUGAUCAUUAUGGUGAUGGAAAAUCAACAGAGGGUUAUCUGGUCAGAGAUAUUUUUCCUCUACAACUUAUAAAUGGAUCUGUUAUUCAUCCUCAUUUGGUCUUUGGGUGUGGAUACAAGCAAACUGGAGAUUUUAACGGCAAUGGAUUACUUGGUCUUGGUAGGGGUGGAGUUAGCUUAUUGUCUCAAAUGCAUUCACAGGAUUUAAUAAAUAAAGUGACUGGCCAUUGUUUAAGCAGUGGAGAAGGAGGUGGGUUUUUAUUCUUAGGAAAUGAUCUUGUACCUCCUUCAGGAGUCUCAUGGACAUCAAUCAAUAAUGAAGAUAAUGAUCUAGAGAACUACUUAACAGGACCAGUAGAUCUCUUACUUGAUGAAAGAGAGAUUCAAGUAAGGAAAAUGGAGUUCGACUUUGAUAGCGGAUUGGACUCAUCCUACUUAAAUCAGCCAACCUAUGAAUACAUACUUCAUUUGAUUCAACAAUUUCUAGAAGGAUCGCCAUUGAUACCUACAAAUCGAACGCGCGACUUUUCAAUGUGCUGGAGACAUAGUCAACAACCUAUUAGAUCCCUUGACGAUAUUACUCACCUUUUCAAGAAGUUGACCUUGAAGUUCAAAGAUUCACCAAACAUUAAUAUCCUAGAAAUACCAUCCAAAAAUUAUCUCAUCCUUGUGGGAGAUAAAGUGUGCUUAGGGAUUUCGAAUGGCGACCAAGAUUCAAACCUGGACAAUGUGAAUGUAAUUGGAGUCAAUUUUAUGCAGGAUAAGUUGGUGAUAUAUGAUAGUGUCGAAUCUCGAAUGGGAUGGACUCCUAGCAGGAGCUGCCACAUGUCUCCUAGGACUAGGACCUGA